AUGUAUUUUUUACGGAUUCUAUUUCUUUGUUGGGUAUCAUUUAGUGUUUGCGAGGAGAUUUCUGAAAAUCAAAUCCAAAAAAGUCAAUGGAGGGAGAUUUUUGGUAGAAAAAAUUCUUUAGCACCAUCAAGAUUUAAUCAAAGAACCGGAGGAUUUAAUAAUCGACAAAAUCGAUUUUUAUCGUUAUUUACUUUGGUCCAAUUCGAAAACGAACAAUGUAUGGGAGCUACAGGGGAUGUUGGAACUUGUAUGACUUCAGCUGAUUGCCAACAAAGAGGUGGAACAUCCAACGGGGUUUGUGCAAAUGGUUAUGGGACUUGUUGUAUAUUUUUAGCAUCUUGUGGAACAACCGUUCGUGAGAACGGAACAUUCUUCGUCCAAACCAAUUAUCCCUCAGCUUACGAUGAGACGGGAUCUUGUCAAAUAACUUUAUUGAAGUCUCGACCGGAUGUUUGCCAAUACAGACUCGAUUUUGAUCAAUUUCUUGUUGUGGGACCAGAAAAUCAACACAACACAUGUAAUAAUGAUCAAUUUAUUGUUUCCGGGGGAAAUCCGGUUCCUUCAAUUUGCGGAAACAACAUGGGAAAUCACAUGUAUGUUGAUGCUGGGGCGGGAACAACAACCCCAAUCAUUCUUUCAAUGAUAACUAGCGGCCCAUCGUUCCAGCGUAAUUGGAAAAUUAAAAUACACCAAAUUUUAUGUGGAACAUCGAAUAGGGCGGAUGAGGGUUGCUUGCAGUAUUUUAGUGGGGUUGCGGGUCAAAUAAGGUCGUUCAACUACGAUCCAGCGAGCGGCCUCCAACUCUCUAACCAAGAUUACAGCAUCUGCGUACGAGCGGAAAGAAAUUUUUGCAGUAUCCAAUACACUCAAUGUCCAGAUACGGUCAAUAAUCGUUCGCAAUCUUUUACAUUAUCCGGAAACACUCAAUCGAACGGAAUUCAAGCGAUGGUUGGAAGUACUGGGACAGGAAAUUUUUGCCAAAACGAUUAUUUAAUUAUUCCGAUGGCCUCGAACGUUGGAAGACCUGUAACUGGUCCAUCUGCAAACGUUGAUAGGAUUUGUGGUGGCACUCUAAGUGCUGAUGUUACUUUAAANCCUUACACCAAAUUUUUUCAAAAUCGGAGGGUCACACUGUAUGUUGAUGCUGGGGCGGGAACAACAACCCCAAUCAUUCUUUCAAUGAUAACUAGCGGCCCAUCGUUCCAGCGUAAUUGGAAAAUUAAAAUACACCAAAUUUUAUGUGGAACAUCGAAUAGGGCGGAUGAGGGUUGCUUGCAGUAUUUUAGUGGGGUUGCGGGUCAAAUAAGGUCGUUCAACUACGAUCCAGCGAGCGGCCUCCAACUCUCUAACCAAGAUUACAGCAUCUGCGUACGAGCGGAAAGAAAUUUUUGCAGUAUCCAAUACACUCAAUGUCCAGAUACGGUCAAUAAUCGUUCGCAAUCUUUUACAUUAUCCGGAAACACUCAAUCGAACGGAAUUCAAGCGAUGGUUGGAAGUACUGGGACAGGAAAUUUUUGCCAAAACGAUUAUUUAAUUAUUCCGAUGGCCUCGAACGUUGGAAGACCUGUAACUGGUCCAUCUGCAAACGUUGAUAGGAUUUGUGGUGGCACUCUAAGUGCUGAUGUUACUUUAAAUCCAACAACAAUAAGAA